UUUUUGACUGCUAGCCUUUUUUGUCCCCUACUGCGUGCGGUGUAAGCUUCUCCGCGGAAGUCCCAGCUGCCAGGGAAGAAGAUGGCAGCCACUGCGACGCCACCUGGGACUGCGGCCGCCCGAGCGAACAAGCGCGGCGGCGGCGGCCAGGGCGGAGGAGGAACCCAGGGUACGGAGGAGGAGCCGCCGCCGCCCCUCCAGGCCGUUCUAGUGGCGGAUAGCUUCAACCGCCGCUUCUUCCCCAUCUCCAAGGACCAGCCUCGGGUCCUCUUGCCCCUGGCCAAUGUGGCGCUAAUCGACUACACUCUGGAAUUCCUGACCGCCACCGGUGUGCAGGAAACCUUUGUCUUUUGCUGCUGGAAGGCUUCUCAGAUCAAGGAACACUUAUCGAAAUCCAAGUGGUGCCAUCCUACAUCCCCCAACGUUGUCCGAAUAAUUAUAUCAGACCUGUACCGAUCACUAGGAGAUGUCCUCCGUGAUGUAGAUGCAAAGGCCUUGGUGCGCUCUGACUUCCUUCUGAUAUAUGGAGAUGUCGUCUCAAAUAUCAACAUUACCAAAGCCCUAGAGGAACACAGGUUGAGACGCAAGCUAGAAAAGAAUGUGUCCGUGAUGACGAUGAUCUUCAAAGAGUCAUCGCCCAGCCACCCGACACGCUGCCACGAGGACAAUGUGGUGGUGGCUGUGGACAGUGCCACCAACCGAAUCCUGCAUUUCCAGAAGACCCAAGGCCUGCGGCGGUUUUCGUUUCCCUUGAACCUGUUCCAGGGCAGUGGAGACGGAGUGGAGAUUCGCUAUGACUUACUGGACUGUCACAUCAGCAUCUGCUCUCCUCAGGUAGCUCAACUCUUCACAGACAACUUUGACUAUCAAACUCGAGACGAUUUUGUGCGAGGCCUGUUAGUGAAUGAGGAGGUCCUCGGGAACCAGAUCCACUUGCAUGUGACAACUAGGGAGUAUGGUGCCCGAGUCUCCAACCUACACAUGUACUCAGCCGUUUGUGCUGACGUCAUCCGCCGAUGGGUCUACCCUCUCACUCCAGAAGUGAACUUCACUGACAGCACCACACAGAGCUACACUCAUUCCCGACACAACAUCUACCGAGGGCCUCAAGUCAGCCUGGGCCACGGCAGUGUCCUGGAGGAGAAUGUGCUUCUGGGAGCUGGCACUGUCAUCGGCAGCAACUGCUCCAUCACCAACAGUGUCAUUGGCCCUAACUGCCACAUUGGUGAUAAUGUGGUGCUGAACCAGGCCUACCUGUGGCAGGGAGUUCGAGUGGCUGCUGGAUCACAAAUACACCAGUCUCUGCUCUGUGACAAAGCUGAAGUCAAGGAACGAGUUACUCUGAAGCCACACUGUGUCCUUACUUCCCAGGUGGUUGUGGGCCCAGAUAUCAUGCUGCCUGAGGGCUCGGUGAUCUCUUUGCACCCUCCGGAUGCAGAGGAAGAUGAAGAUGAUGGCCAGUUUAGUGAUGAUUCUGGGGCUAAUCAGGAAAAGGAGAAAGUGAAGCUGAAAGGUUACAAUCCAGCAGAAGUAGGCUUUGAAGGCCAGGGAUACCUCUGGAAAGCUGCAGAUGUGAACACAACGGAAGAGGAGGAACUAGGGCAGAGUCUGUGGGGACUCACCAUCAAUAUGGAAGAGGAAAGUGAGACUGAGAGUGAGCGAAGUAUGGACUCUGAGGAACUGGACAGCCGGGCUGGGUCCCCUCAACUGGAUGACGUCAAAGUCUUCCAGAAUGAGGUCCUGGGAACACUGCAGCGAGGCAAAGAGGAGAAUAUUUCCUGUGACAAUCUAGUCCUGGAGAUCAACUCUCUCAAGUAUGCCUACAACAUUAGCCUGAAGGAAGUGAUGCAGGUCCUGAGUCAUGUAGUCCUGGAGUUCCCCCUGCAGCAAAUGGACUCCCUGUUUGACCCAAACCGCUACUGUGCCAUGCUGCUUCCUCUGCUCAAAGCCUGGAGCCCUGUUUUUAAGAACUACAUAAAGCGAGCAGCUGACCAUUUGGAAGCACUGGCAGCCAUUGAGGACUUCUUCUUGGAGCAUGAAGCUCUUGUCACUUCCAUGGCCAAGGUUCUGAUGGCUUUUUAUCAGCUGGAGAUCUUGGCUGAGGAAACAAUCUUGAACUGGUUCAGUCAAAGAGACAUAACUGACAAAGGCCAGCAGUUGCGCAAGAAUGGACAGCUGCAGAGGUUCAUCCAGUGGCUGAAAGAGGCAGAAGAGGAGUCAUCUGAAGAUGAUUGAUGGGGACUGCCGGCUCCUGUGCUGUGUUAUUUAUUGGUUGCCCUCCUAACAGAUAGGGCAGAACAAGAAAACUAGCUACGGAAGUGUGAAUGGCCACUCCAGACAGACUUGAUGGAGCAGAAGUUGCAACUACAGUAUUCCUACUGCUGGCAACCAUGUGCGUCCCAUCCUGACUGAAGUUGGGAACGGGAGGUUAGACUGAAACAAAACUCUAGGGAAAAAUCUAGACAGACCCUGCAGUUGGAGGUAGACCAGACCAAGCGCUUUGUUCUCCAUCUUUCCCUCAGGGAACAGUAAAGAGCAGCUGGCCCUCUCUGUUACUUGUAUUUGUUAAUAUUAAAAAGAGGGGUGUAUUGGACUUCUCACCAACUCUGCCUGAUCAGCCAGGAGAGAACGUAUAUGAUCUGACUUAGCUGCUGUUAGCCAACACCUGGAGGGCGGGGAGAAAGGUUGUGGUGGCCACAAGGUGGUGCUAUGCUACCUGACUAAUUCCACUCCCCUGGCUCACAGGAAGUGGAUGGCUGAGCUUCCUUCCCAAGCUCCAUAGACCCGGCUGGUCUGGAGUGUUGUGACAGAGCCUAUUUCCAUAGCCUUUCCUGGUGUGGACAAGCUCCACCUGAAGGUGAUGGUGCCAGGCAUAUGUGAAGCCAUCUGCCACUAGCCCUUUCCAGUGGACCCAGUACUGGUUCUGUCAGAGAUACUGGGCCACGUUCAUCUUAAAAGAUAAGGAAAUCCACUGGAUGUAGGAGCACAGGCCAUUAAUCCCAGCACCAUGGAGGCAGAGGUUCAAGGCCAGCAGAGCUGUUCUGCGGAGAAACCCUGGGGUCAGUGGGAAAGUAAGGAAACCCACCUAAGAUGGUUUUGAACCUUGCAGGACAUAACUACAUACUUUAACCUUAUUAUCCAGAAUUCUGUCUGCUUCAGUGAAGUGCAAACUGUCCCAGAAGCAAAUGAAACCUAAAGCCAGAGUGGACAUGCUAAGAACAUAGAAGUUCCUGUAAAGUAUGCUUUUGCUUAUGCUGAGUUUAAUGUGUGGCAGGAAUUCUAACUAUUCAUGUGCUGUUUCACUUGACCUUUGCCAUCCACCCUGUGAAGUAGCUCUUGUCAUUUUCUGAUGAGCUGCCUGCAGCUCAGAGAGGCCUCUGACCUUAGAACUGGAGUUUGUCAUUGUGUUAUGCAGCUCCUGUAACUCAGCACUCUCCUGUUGUGAGGUCUUUGUUGCCUUCAUAUAGGGUGAGUCAUUAAGUUUCUCUUGACAUUAACCUAUAGUAAAUGUCACACACUUGGCAUCAUAGGCAAAAUAGGCGCCUUUGUUUCAGUUGAGUGGAAAGGAAUAAGCUAAACAGGGCUAUUGAACUCUACUUACGGGUGAAGAGGCAUUUUUGAAAAGGAAGAACAAAAAGAUCUUGGCAUAGUAGCAACGCUUGUCAGCACUUGGAAAGUGGAAGCCAGCCGUUCAAGAGUCCCAGGCUCGCCUGGGCUAUGGUUCAGGAUCCAGUGUCUGGAGAGAGCAUACAGAGAUGAUGGCCUGUACCUGUGGGACAGUUAAGAAGCUAUAAGACAUCUUGAUCUUGGCUAGGUGGUGGUGGUCAGCACUCGGGAGGCAGAGGCAGGUGGAUCUCUCUGAAUUCAAGGUCAGCCUGGUCUACAGAGCCACGAAGGCUCAAAACCUACACAGAAACGCUGUCUCAAAAACAAACAAACAAAAAGACAUCUUUAUCUGUUCAGAUAGUGCACAGAUCAGAAUUGACAGAACUUUAAGAAGGGAUUUUUCUAUUGGGGUAACAGAGGAGACUUCACCAAACUGCGUUGGUUAAAGUCGGCUCAGGAAGGAAGUAAAGCCAGAGCGCCUCCAAAGCAGAGACCUCUGAGCCCUGGGGGAGAGGUAGGAAGGGGGAGAACGGGAGAAUUAGAUAUGAGGGCUAGAGAGAUGCUUCAGUGGAUAAGAACUCUUGUCCUCAGGACCCAGGUUUAACUCCCAGCACCCACUGAGCAUAACUCCAGUUCAGGAUGCACACGGUACAUAGACGUACAUGUGAGCAAAGCACUCAUUCACAUAAAUCUAAAGAUUAAAACUUCAUGGGAUAAUAAAAGGUGGUCUAGAGUAGAUGAUUCUUCUUGCUGGUGUAGAGUUAUUAACAAGCCAGUGUAAGGUCUAGCAUAGUGGUUCUCAAACUUCUGUACCGCGACCCUUUAAUACAGUUGCUUACAGGGUGACCCUCAGACAUAAAAUUGUAUUGGUUGCUACUUCAUAGUUGUAAAUUUUCCUAGUGUUGCAAAUUGUAAUGUAAAUAUCUGUGUUUUCUGAUGAUUUUAGGCGACAAAGGUUGUUUGAUUCCACCCAAAGUGGUUCUCUACCCACAGGUUGAGAACUGCUGGUCUAGAGUCUUAGGGGAAGGUAAAGGGUUAGAGGCACGGAACAAGGAGCUCACGGAAACCCCUGCACACAUACCAUCGCCACUUACAGACCGACCAGGGGACUGCUUCUUCUCUGCAAGAAAUAAUUAAGUCUGCGAGCAAUGGUAGGGAGAAGUCACCAAAGAAAAAUGCUAAGAAGGUCAUGAAACCAGGCAGGGGCAUGACUGUUGUCUCAAGAUCUGUGUAGACGUUACUGUGGUAAUGGAGCACUUGGGAGGUGAAGGUAGGAGAAGGGAGGUCAGGAACUAGUGAUCAUCCUCAGUCAUAAGCCAGUUUGAGGUCAGUCCAGGCUGCCACGCCUUCUCUCAGACAAAAAGUCACAGGUUUCCAGACCAGAGUCUGGGCUCCCAGCACAAUAAGUCCCAUGGGAUUUCAAGAUGUCAGACUCGACUCCAUCAGAAAUGUGGUUGGGAUGGGGUAUUAAGUCGUCUAAGGAGUGAAGGGAAAACUAUGUGAGUGCUGGAACCUUGCAUCCACACAUUUACUUGAACCCCCCUAGACGAAAACAACUACAGGGAGGAAAAAUUGGCCUUUGAAUGUUGACACUUUCCUUGACCUUCCCAAAGAAAGACUUCCUCUGCUUUACCAUUCUGCAGUGAGACUUAAUAGUGCCCCUUGCACAUAGAGCUCCAACCUGCAUUUUUGUGCCCUGCAUGCAGUAAAAGCCAAGGCUCAAACAUUUGAAGAACCCUCCAGCAUGAGAAGCAGAAACAAAGCACUAAGAGAUACAAAGAAGCUCUACUAAAGUAGGAUAUUCCAAAAAUAUUAAGGGCAGAAAGCUAUAAUUAGGAUUAUGAAAACUCAGGGAAAAUACCGCGUCCAUAAAGAAAACUCACAGGGGGAGAACUGAAGAAUAAAAGAGUUCUUAGAACUUCUGAGGGGUGGCAAGAUGACUGAGCAGGUAAAAGCACUUGCCACACAAGCCUGCUGACCUGAGUUCAGGGAAAAGUUCAAUCCCCAUAAUGGAAGGUGAGAAAUGGCUCCUGAAGGUUGCUGGCUGCCACAUACUUGCGCAACUGCAGUGAUGACAGAAACAGCUUAAAGUGGCUGUAAUAAGAAUUCAGAGAGCAAGAAAAAAGGUUAGUAUAGUAUCCAUUCAGAUGUUGAUUUCUAGGUAUUCCAAAUGCUGGCACAGUGCAUGAGAAAAGAUAUCCAUGAAGCAAAGCCAAUACAUACCUCUACUCCCAGCUUAUCAGACACUGAGCCAGAAUGGUUUGAGCCCAGGAAUAAAAAACCGGCCUGGGCAACACAGGCACAGAAAUAAAAAGAAUGCCCCAAAGCCUUCUAGAAAGAAGCCAAGUCUUGAAAUGAUACCAAAUCAACCCCUUAUUAAUGAAAGGAGAAAACAAAUGCCUUCAAAAAUCUGAAGGGAAGGAGCUGGAGAGAUGGCUCAGUGGUUAAGAGCAUUGCCUGCUCUUCCAAAGGUCCUGAGUUCAAUUCCCAGCAACCACAUGGUGGCUCACAACCAUCUGUAAUGAUGUCUGGCGCCCUCUUCUGGCCUGCAGACAUACACACAGAAUAUUGUAUACAUAAUAAAUAAAAAAAAUCUGAAGGGAAAUUA